AUGAUUAACGAAAAAGAUCUAUUGUUCCUCGAAAAUCCCGACGUAAUCUUCAGGGUAGCUCUGGCCCUUCUAACCUACCACAAGCAAAAGCUACUGCAAUGUGACAGCUUCGAGGGUAUCAUGAACUACCUCAAAACGCAGCUGCCGCUUAUAGACAAACCAAUCCUCGACAAAAUAAUGAAGCAGGUCUACACGACCGACAUAAGAAAGCAACUCGAAGAGUACAAGGUGGAAUACCAAGUCUUGCAGGAGGAGAGGUGCUCCGUGCAGCCGCACGUCGAGGCGUUGCACAAGCUGGAGGGGCAGAACCGAAUUCUGACGGAUUAG